AUGAGCACUGAAAAACCAAAAGCCAAAGUGAGCAUUAAACCUGAUCAUCAUGUAUUCAGAGGAGAGAUAGUCACUCUCAGAUGUGACAUUGAUGGUGAAGGAGUCACUAGCUGGCAGUACAGCUGGUAUAAAGAUUAUUCAAACAGUGUUUUCAGUGAACUACAGGAACACACAUUCAGUCCUGUUACUGAGUCUGACACAGGUAAAUACUCCUGUUAUGGAGCAGAGAGAGGAGGACCACGAACAUCAAACAUCAGUGAUGAAGUUACACUGACAGUAUCAGAUACAGUUUUAAGUGUUUCUCCACAGAACUGGUUGACUGAAGGAGAUCCAGUGACUCUGAUCUGUCAGGUUUAUGGCUCCUCUACAAACUGGACAUUCAGCUGGUAUUCGGUUUCAUCAGACUUCAAAAAUCGUUACCAACUGCUCUCAGACAGCAGCAGAGGAGCUGGAGGAAACUACACUGUCAGUUCUGCUGCUCUAAAACACACAGGAGUUUAUGUGUGCAGAGCAGAGAGUCGAGAACCAGCUUAUUAUACAACCUACAGCAACACACAGCCAGUAUGGGUCACUGGUGUUUCUCCUCGAGACUCUCUGAUCAUCAGUCCCAGCAGAACUCAACACUUCACAUUUGUCUCUUUCUCUCUGAGUUGUGAGGACCAGAGUAACUCUGAUAGAUGGAGAGUGAGAAGAUACACUGAUAGUGGACAGCUGGAAGAUUGUUCAUCACCAGUGUGGGGAUCACAAACAGGAUCUACAUGUACAAUCAGCUCCACCAUCACAUCAGACACUGGAGUGUACUGGUGUCAGUCUGAAUCUGAAGAGAAAUAUCACCCUGUUAAUAUCACUGUACACUCUGGUGUGAUUCUGGAGAGUCCUGUUCAUCCUGUGAUUGAAGGAGAUACUCUGACUCUACACUGUUUAUAUCAACAUUCAACUCCAACAAACCUCAGAGCUGAUUUCUAUAAAGAUGGAUCACUCAUCCAGAAUCAAACUACAGAGAUGAUCCUCACUAAUGUCUCAAAGUCACAUGAGGGUUUCUACUACUGCAAACACUCAGAGAGAGGAGAGUCACCCAAGAGCUGGAUCUCAGUCAGAGCUUCCUCCAGAACAUCAAGAUCUGAAGGGUUCAGUCUUGUGAUAAUUGGAGUGACUGCAGGACUGACCAUCUCAAUUGUGAUCAUUGUCUUGGUCCUUCUGUGGCGCUACAGAAACAAAGGUGUAAGAUCUCAGUCUCCCUCUAGUGUCGUUCAACAGCAGAACAGCAGUCAGACAUCAGAGCAGAACCAGAGUGACCCGGGAAACAACACACUGCUGUCUGACAGUGUAAAUCAACCUAUAGAACACAUCUAUACUGAGACUGAGCUCAAAUCUACAAGUCUUUUAGUGAAAACCAGUGAAAGUUCUGACACUGUUUACUCUAAACUGACCCUGGUGACCCAUCAAGCUGCUGGAUCUAAUGAUCUGACGGAUGCGGAGGCUGGAGAAUGACCAGGAUCAUCAAGGCGUUGAUUUUUUAUGAUACUGAGCACUUGAUGGUGUUCAUAUCAGUACUUAAUGUUAUGAUGCAAGCAUUGACAUGCUUCAGUGACUAUGCAUGCUAAUCAGUGAGCUGAUUGUACAUUAUUAAAAAAUAAAUAAUAAAAAAUAAAUAGAGAGAGGGAUAGAGAGAUUUUAGAGC